AUGAUUGAAAUGUUAACUAAGGAAGAAAAUCCGCUACCAGAUUUUGAAGAAGCAUUAAGAGUUAUCAAGAUAGAUGAUACUCAUUAUGUAGGGGCUCACCCAUUGCGGCUCCCAGUAUCUGCAGGAAGAGGUGUUUAUGGAGGUCAUAUGAUUGCGCAAUCGUUGCUAGUGGGUAUCGAGUCAUCGCGAAUUAGUGAAACUGGAGAAUAUAUGGUUCCUGAUUCUUUUCAUUUAUAUUUCAUAAAUGCAGGAAACUGGAAGUGCCCCAUGGAGUAUACCAUAACAAAUCUAUAUGACGAUGGGUUAAUUAGCAAAAAAUACAUCAUUGCUUCGCAGCGUGGUAAAAACAGAACAACUUGUUUAGUAACUUUGCGGAAAGCGGGUACCAAGACUUUACACUCACACUCACACUCACACUCCUUUGAUGAAAGUAUACCUCCACCGGCACUACAAGCAAAGUACCCGAAUCCAGACGAGUUACAUCAAAUACAGCAUACGGAUUUUGUAAGAAAUGCUGUUGGCGACGAAUUCUUUGAUCAUAAAUUAUGUCCCGAAGAGAAUAAGAUGGCAUUUUCCGAUAGAUGGGUUACUGUCUUUUCCGGGUUAACAAAUAUCCCUGAACCGGGCUCUCUGCGUGAGAAAAUAAUCGAUAUCUACCCUGAUGCUCUUGGCGAGCUCCACGAAGUUGAAAAGGAUAUCCUUCGACCAAAAGAUUCUCAAUCUAUAAAGAACCCUAUUUUCAAUUUUAUUGGUUUGGCUGAUAUCUCGGAUUCCGCAUUCAUAACUACAAUUGCACGUGUCUUGCAUUUACCGUGGACUCCCUCUUUGGAAAGGGAUGAAACUUAUGAUGCUACUUCAGAUGCUACGUAUAUUGCAAGAUCAACACUAAAUGCAAUACAUAUUUUCCAUUACAAUGCCAUGUCGUUGGACCACCACAUAUAUUUCCACAACGAUGAAUACGAGCCGACUGAUGGAUCAGCGUUUGAUGUUUGUAAAGAUUGGCUUGCAUUUACUUAUCAAAUGAAGAGAUUGAGUAAUAAUCGAUUGGUUGCACGCGGUUUCAUAUUCAACGAAAACAAAAAGUGCAUUGCAACAGUUGUACAAGAAGGCUUAACCAUUAUGUUUGAUGGUAUUGGAAGCACAGCUAAUAAAGCUCAUUUGUAG